GUCUGGGCCAGGUUCCUCCGCCAUGACCGCGGCCGUGUUCAUUGGGUGCAGCUUCAUCGCCUUCGGGCCGGCACUGGCCCUGUGCGUCUGCACCAUCGCCGCCGAGCCGCUGCGCCUUGUCUUCCUCAUCGCUGGAGGUUUCUUCUGGCUGGUCUCGUUGCUGCUUUCUUCCCUUGUAUGGUUCAUUGCAGUGCAGAUUGGUGGGAGCAACAAUGCAUCAGUAAAGAAAAAUUUGCUCAUCUUUGGUGUGGUGUUCUCUGUCCUGCUCCAGGAAGUCUUCCGAUUUGCCUAUUACAAACUGUUAAAAAAAGCUAAUAAGGGCUUAAUGACUAUAAGCCAGGAGGAAACCAUACCCAUCUCUGUCAGACUGUUGUCCUAUGUGUCUGGCCUGGGUUUUGGGAUCAUGAGUGGAGUAUUUUCUCUUGUGAAUAUCCUGACUGACUCCUUGGGACCAGGCACAGUGGGUAUUUAUGGAGAUUCUCCUCAGUACUUCCUGUCUUCUGCAUUCAUGACUUUGGCCAUUGUUCUGCUGCACGUUUUUUGGGGCAUUGUAUUUUUUGAUGCUUGUGAAAAGAAGAAGUGGUGGGCACUGGCACUAGUCAUCCUGAGCCAUUUGCUGGUAUCAGGUCUGACUUUCCUGAAUCCUCAGUAUGAAGGCAGCCUAGUGCCAUCUUAUAUUAUCAUGAUGCUUAUGGGUACCUGGGCUUUCUUCACUGCUGGUGGCUCCCUUAGAAAUCUGAAACUGUGUCUGAUGUGCAGAGACAAGGACUUCCUUCUAGCCAACCAGCGCCCCAGAUAACCUCUAAGCAUCUGGAUUUUACCCAUCCAUCUCUCUACAUGUGCUUUCACUAAACAACUGGUGCCUUCUUGACCUUUCUUGAAUGCUAAGUUGAGAUAUAUAUGUAUUCCUGUGUAACUUGGCUUCUUUCUAGCUAUCUCCACUGCCUUCUAGAAGGAUCUUAAUUAGCCCCAGGUGUCUUGAUUAACUUGGAGCAACUGCCAUUUGGUUACCAUGGUAUCAGGGAUUUGUUUAGCCUGGGGCUAACAUACCUGUUCCUCACUACUUUACUGUAGCCAUCUGAUCUUGGCCCAUCACAGUAGCUACUGAGGGCAACUUGUUUUUUAUUUUUUAAAAGAACAACUUCAGGAGAAACAAUGAGGAGUCCUUAUGGCACCUUAGAGACUAACAAAUUUAU